GCGAGGCGCGUAAGGAAGGCGCGGUGCUCUGGCGGCCGUGUUGUGUCCCUCGUGGGCUGCGGCGUGUGGAAGAGGGGGCUCCUCCACUGUCUUUCGGUUCCUUGCCUGAAUCCUGCGGUGGGUAGAGCCGAGGGUGCAGCGCUGUGGGGAGGGUUUCCCUACUUACAAUCGGUGAAAAAUGUCUGAUGAUGACGAUGUUCCACUGCCGAAGAAGUCCCGGAUUUACUAUGGAAGCCUUGAAGAGAAGGAGAGAGAAAGGAUUCUCAAAGGAGAAGGAGGAUAUCUGGGGAAAGAGGCUGUGAAAGUUGGUGUAGAAGCCGGGCAUAUUAACAUAUCUGGUGGUGAGUUCUACGAUGUUGAAGAUCACAUCAGCGAGAGGCAGGCCGAAGUGCUGGCAGAGUUUGAGCGCAGGAAACGAGCCCGGCAGAUUAAUGUUUCCACAGAUGAUGCAGAAGUGAAGGCCUGUCUGCGAGCGCUUGGGGAACCAAUCACUCUUUUUGGUGAAGGGCCAGCCGAACGACGAGAAAGGUUGAGGAAUAUCUUAUCUGUGGUGGGAGCUGAUGCCUUAAAGAAAACAGAGAAGAUAGAAGAUGCAAAGAAAAGCCGACAGGAGCACCAGCAGACCUGGUAUCACGAGGGUCCCAGUUCCCUGAAGACUGCUCGUCUCUACAUUGCACGAUUUUCCCUGCCAAGGGCCUUGAAGCGAUUGGAAGAGGCAAGAGCCAACAAAGAGGUUCCAGAAGCUUCCCGCACUGCUCGACAACAAGAACUUCACAAGAGUCUAAGGGCCCUGAAUAACUUCUGCAGUCAGAUUGGUGAUGACCGUCCCAUUUCCUACUGUCAGUUCAGCCCCAACUCCAAGCUCCUAGUUACAGCUUCCUGGAGCGGAUUAUGUAAGCUGUGGGAUGUUCCUGACUGUAACCUUAUUCGUACACUGAGAGGUCACUGCACGAACGUGGGCGCCAUUGUAUUUCAUCCGCAAGCCACCAUUUCACUUGAUGAAAAGGACUGUAAUAUGGCAUCGUGUGCGGCCGACGGCUCAGUGAAGCUCUGGAAUUUGGAAAGUGAUGAGCCAGUAGCCAACAUUGAAGGGCACACAAUGAGAGUCGCUCGAGUGGCGUGGCAUCCAUCAGGCAGGUUUCUCGGGACCACAUGUUAUGACCACUCCUGGAGACUCUGGGACCUGGAAGCUCAGGAGGAAAUCCUGCACCAGGAAGGCCAUAGCAAGGGUGUCUAUGACAUUGCCUUCCACCGUGAUGGUUCUCUGGUGGGAACUGGUGGCCUUGAUGCUUUUGGACGUCUGUGGGACCUGCGGACCGGUCGAUGCAUCAUGUUCCUAGAAGGACAUUUGAAGGAGAUCUACGGAAUCAGCUUCUCUCCCAAUGGAUAUCACGCAGCAACCGGAAGUGGAGACAACAGUUGCAAAGUUUGGGACCUGCGACAGCGGAAAUGUAUCUACACCAUCCCAGCACAUCAUAACCUCCUGUCAGCAGUCAGGUUUCAGCCCACAGAUGGACACUAUCUCCUCACCGGUGCCUAUGACAACACAGCAAAGAUAUGGAGCCACCCUGGGUGGUCACCGCUCAAAACAAUGGCUGGCCAUGAGGGCAAAGUGAUGGGACUGGACAUUUCUCCAAAUGGGCAGCUGAUUGCUACAUGUUCUUAUGACAGGACCUUUAAACUCUGGACAUCUGAAUAGACCAAAAGCAGCAGUACUUUGACAACCAACCACCCUAAAGAGGGAGUGUCAGAUACAACCAAAUUAUUGGGAGCUAGUCACCAGGUUUCACAGUAACAUGCCUUGUUGUGAGACGAGAGUUGCCAUGAUCUGCUGGUCAUUGACUUUAUCACUACCAUUUCUAGGCUUACAGGAAUUAUUUGGCUUUUGGACAGUUACAAAGCUGAUAGCUGAUGGCAGUUGAUGUGUAUGAAUGGUCCUAUUCCACAGUCCUCUGGAAAAGCAGAAUCCUGAAUGAGAACAAGUGGUGAAUGGCGUCUCAAUUUCCAAAAUAGAAUGUUUUGAGUUCUUCACUGGCUUCCCAUUUUCUGCUGAAUGGUUUGUAGGAAGUGCUGCUGCCAAGCUUUUGGGUUCAAAGCACGAAGGAAACCUUUGAGUUAAGGGCUAUUUCUGGAAUUGAACUAAAAGUUAUUUGCUUGACAAUGGAAAGUUGUGCGUUAACCCUGGAAUCUGUUACUAAUGUGUUAACCACAUGGGUAAAUGGCCUCUCCUUUGUAGCAGUGCUUUAUAAUAAAUAUUAUGAUAAAUAACUGCCUAUGUAACUGUUUCCGUGAGAUGUGCAAUAAAUUGAUUCCAUCUGGUAAAUACUGCCAAAUAGAGAUGCAUUAACUAUCAAGCACUUGGAUUAGAUUCU